AUGGAGGCGGAUCGGGAACGUGAGGGGAUGGAGGCGGAUCGGGAACGGGAUGGAGGCGGAUCGGGAACGCGGCGGGCCGGCCCCUCCGGCACCGCCUCCCCUCCGCAGCUGAGGGCGACGGGCGGCUCGGGCGGGUCUCGAUUGCCCCUCCAGAAACCCUUCCCCAGCUGCGGUUUUUUCCAUGGAGCCGAGCUGUGCCCCGCAGGGCCUGGCGGGGCUGUUCAGGCGCUGGCAGUGCCCAGGUGUGAGAUCGUGGUGGUGCAGCUGGGUGAGCAGAGCCUGCACAGCAGCAGCAGGUGCCUCUGGGAUCCUGAGAGUGACACAUUUUCCCCUGAGAGUGACACAUUUUCCUCCUACAUGUUCAAAAACUCCUCCCUGUUCGCUGUGGCAAACAUCUACCUGUGUAUUUUGAAUAGGGAGGUAGUGGAGUUGAACAGUAGGAGAAAGGAAUAUUCAGCCUAGCUCGUCCUGUCUCUGUUGUUGAAAAGAUCUGUGAAGGACCGAGGUGUUCUCACCUGCUUUGGGUGGAUGGAGUAAGGGGCUUUCCCACAGUUUUCUCUGGAAGUGGCUUUCUCUUUCUAUGACACAGUUUUGCAGCUGAUUGCUGCUUUCAGAACUUGCCCUGGAGGGGAGAUAUUUUCAGAAUAUUGCCUGUAAGUAAUGUUUUCCCUGUUCUCCUCCAGGAAACAUUGCUAGAAGCAUCUGUAGGAAAUAAACCGUGGGUUUAGCCUGCCUGGCUUUGGGGCUGGUGCUCCUCAGUCUGUCCU